AUGUCUCGACGCGCUCCUCCACCCAUUGAUGGACUUUAUUCCUUGAAGGUUGACAACAUUUCCUAUAACACAACACAGGCGGAUUUGCGAAGAAUGUUUGACAAAUAUGGAGAAAUUGGGGACAUUCAUAUCCCAAGGGACAAAUAUACCCGCCAAAGCAAAGGAUUCGGUUUUGUUCGCUUUUAUAGCCGCCGUGAUGCUGAAUAUGCUAUGGAUCGAACGGACGGACGUUGGGUUGAGGGUCGUGAAAUCCGUGUUGCUAUGGCACGAUACGAAAGACCUAUAGAUGAGAGAGGCGCAUAUACGCGUCGUGGCAGGUGA